AAGUCGGUUAGUUCGUUAAUGUUGAUUAAAGCCAUUUAACCGGGACGGACGCGACGGUACGAACGCGAAAGGACUCAAAUGAGCUUAAAUUGUUUAAUAUUAAAUUAAGUUGGUCGGGCAUCUCGUGCCCGGCAGGUAGACACGGAGCCGAGGGAGGUUGGUACGGAGGUAGCGGGUUCUCACCCGCCACCAGCCGAGUUUAUGUACGUGUGUGGAGAUUCUGGGCCGCGGUAUGAGUGCUCCUUCGAACCGGCGCCGAGUAUGGAGCAGCCGACGUUUGAGGAGCAUAUGUUCGGCGAAUUUGGGAAGGAUAGGGUGCAGGUAGUGGUCGGGUCGAGUGGAGAGUUGUACCGGGAGGAGCUGCCGGUGUUCCCGGGGGAGCAGAAGCGGAAAGAGGAGCCGAUACUUCUGCAGCAAGUGGAUGCACCGCAACAGCAUACAGCGCAUCCACCGCCCACUAAGAAGAGCGAGAAGAAGAAGGGUGAAAACAAUGGGAUUAAGAAGAAAAAGACAAGAACCACAUUCACGGCAUAUCAACUAGAAGAGCUGGAGAGAGCGUUUGAACGCGCUCCCUACCCCGAUGUAUUUGCACGUGAGGAGCUGGCACUAAAAUUGAAUCUUUCGGAAUCAAGAGUACAGGUAUGGUUCCAAAACCGAAGAGCAAAGUGGCGUAAACGCGAACCACCACGAAAAACCGGCUACAUCGGAUCCAGCUCACCAAGUUCCACCACAUUGAGCGGCGGCUUCUCCGGCAUCGGUGGCAAUCUACCAGCCUUCCCACAGAACGGAUUACCAGCCCCGGCUGAUUCCUGGUCGUACCAACACUCGUACGAACUAUCCUCCCACCACUUACUGUCAUCUGGGAGUAAUUACCCCGCCUUCAACCCACAACCUGGCUACUCCUAUACCACGGUUCUCAACGGACACGACGGACAAAAUAUGUUCGCUAGACAUUACGAUUAUGCUGAAGGGAGUCCCCCCUUACGGGAGUAUCCCUUGGUAGCUCACUCUCCCCAAAUAGAACCCCAUGGACAUGAGGACAAAGUGGAGUACCGUCAUGAGCAUGAAGAGAAGUAUGCGUGUGCGCUGCAGGAGGAGCCACGGUACAACCCGCCAGAGGACUAUGACAAGUGCGCGAUGGUUCAUGAGAAGCACUAUGAGAUGGAUCGCCAGGAUUUGUCGCAACCGGUUGUGGUGAAGAUGGAGCCGAGCACGGGUCAGGCGUACACGUCACUGCCCCCUUUUUUGAAUUGAAAUACUCUUUUUCGAAAUUGUCCAAGUGAAAGCACACGUUUGGGCCAUAGACAGAAAUUUUACGGCAUAUUUAUUGAUAGUUGAAGUGGGUUACGAUAAAUAUUUUCUACAUUCCCAGUAGUAACCAUUUUAAACACACCACCAAAGCAAAAUGGAUCCUUCAAAAUGUUUACAUUGAAAAAUACACCUUAAUUCCAAGCAAUAAAGUUCAUACAUUAUCACGUAUAUCCAUACAAAUUAGUUAGGAAUUAAGGGUUCAUGGCUGCCGCUAACUGUUUGUCAAACAGUCAAAUGUCAAAUUGCCUUUCUGACAAUAUUAGCAAAAAUAUUUUUUUUACAUUAAAUUCUUCUGAAUUGUAAUUAAAUGAUAACUGUUUUAUUAAUGUCGUGAUUUAAUGCGAACCAUCUCUCAUGUCUAAAUCCAAUAUUUUUUUGACAUAUGACAAAUCCUAAGCGCUCGAAAUGUCAGUGUAUUUAACAGUCGUGGUAGCCAAACGAUUUCCUGUCGAAAUAGUGUGUUAAAAAUCGAAAUUAACUAAUUUCGAAAAAGAGUAUAUGGCUUCGUCUACUCAAUAUUUAAAUGACAUUAGAUGGUAAGCGAUAUUUAGAAUAUAUAUAUCUCGCAUUUUAAUGUAAAACACGAAUUUAAGAUAAAUAUAAUUUUAGAAUUUUUCGCGUAUAACCGAUUCUUUAAUAAAAAAUCCAGUUGUAAUUGUCAUUGAUUUUUGUAUAGCGAGCGCAUUUGACAGCCGUCCAUAUUGAAUCUACGGUCUAUGAUAUUACUUUGACUAUAAAUCAAAAUUUGUUUUAGAGACGACUCGUCGAAAUGUCAUCCUCCCAACUAAGGUGCAAUUUCUGCACCGUGUAUUAUUACAAUUAUUAUUCAGUUAUUAAAUGUCAAUGGACGCGUAGUAUUAAGUUAAACUGUCAUGUGACAUCUAUCUAGUGUUCGCUGUUUUUUCCCGCGUAAGAUUCCCAAAAAACGUAACCAAAAGUAUAAUGAAAAUUUUACUUCUUUAUAUAGUUGGUAGAUUUUAAUAAUAAUUUAGUUAUAUAAGUAAUUAUAAAUAAAUCUUAAAAUAGUUGCAUUCCUUGUGCCUUAUAAGUAAGAAUUAUUAAACUAGGUAGGUUUUUGUUAUUUAUAAAAUAAUGUCUUACAUACAUUCUAUCUUAUAACAAAGAAAACUUGUUCCAUUUUUAAAACGUCUAAAGAAUUUCGUUUUACGCAAUAGGUUUUUUUUUAGAUUAUGGCAAUAGUUUUAACUUUCCGAAAUAGCUUUCACUUUGCUG